AUGAAUCUUUGCCCCCAUCGAGCGAAUGACCUAGUCAAAGGCUUCAUCCCGCCGGAUCCUGUCUCGCAACGUGGGCCACAUUCUCAUCGCUCGAAUACCUCCCACAACUGGCAACCUGGAAGGACGGCUUGUUGGGCUUAUGAGGAAGAUGAAGAAGGCGAUGCAGAUGCCGAUGUAGAUGCAGGAAAGGAGUUCCUCGGCCAUGGUCGCCGCCUCCUCCCUAUUGGGGGCCACCACCAGAUGCAUGCAAGAAAUUCGGGAAAAUUUCCGGCAAAGAAUGCAUUGGCUGCAACAGGAUCAAACAGAGGAAAUUCAAAAAAGCACUCCAAAUACCCACAAGAAAUCGACCAAGCUCGAGAUUUAAGCAUAAAUGCUAAAAAAAAAAGGCAGAAAUUCUACACACAACGCUCAUGGGCAGCCAAGAUUAAAACUUUAAAAAACCUCAGAACACUCACUAACAUCGGAAAAAUCAUAAGAACACCAUAA